AGAAGAUGAUCUUCUUCAGUGCUCCUUGGGAGGGUCGAUUUUUUAUUGCAGUUACCCUGAAGUAGAUCUCUUGUUCACCUGUGGCAGCUGAACCUUCCCUUUUGGGCCGAGAUGUCUUCAGGCACCUUGCGUAUUAGGUGAAUUCUCAUUUUAAAGGCAGUAAAUCUAAACAUAAAUGGAAUCCACAGAGGACAGAAAACCCGGUGGACCAUCCACAGAGAACAAAGAAGCUGAUGGACCAUCCACAGAGAGCAGAGAAGCCGACAGCAGCGCGGCCACCAUGGUGAAAGAAACGGGCUACUAUGACAUCCUGGGUGUGAAGCCCGGUGCCAGUUCGGAUGAGAUCAAGCGUGCAUACCGCAAGCUGGCGCUGAAGUUCCACCCUGACAAGAACCCUAGCGAGGGCGAGCGGUUUAAGCUCAUAUCCCAGGCUUAUGAAGUUCUGUCAGACCCAAAGAAAAGGGAACUCUAUGACCAGGGUGGGGAGCAAGCUAUUAAAGAAGGAGGCUUAAGUGGCGGCAGUUUCUCUUCACCUAUGGACAUCUUUGACAUGUUCUUUGGUGGUGGAGGCCGAAUGAGUAGAGAGAGAAGAGGUAAGAAUGUUGUACACCAGUUGAGUAUAUCCCUUGAAGACUUGUAUAAUGGAGCCACAAGGAAGCUGGCACUUCAGAAGAAUGUUAUUUGUGGCCAGUGUAAAGGUUAUGGUGGAAAGAAAGGAGCUGUUGAAAAGUGCCCUACAUGUAAAGGCCGAGGAAUGCAGGUGCUCGUUCAGCAGAUUGGUCCUGGCAUGGUGCAGCAGAUCCAGACGGUCUGUCCUGAUUGCAAAGGCCAAGGCGAACGGAUAAACCCCAAAGAUAGAUGCUCCACCUGCAGUGGCAACAAGGUGGUUAGAGAGAAGAAGAUCAUAGAAAUUCACAUUGACAAAGGAAUGAAAGAUGGUCAGAAAAUAGUGUUUCACGGAGAAGGUGACCAGGAGCCUGACCUGGAGCCUGGAGAUGUCAUCAUUGUGCUGGACCAGAAGGACCAUCCAGUGUUUCAAAGAAGAGGCCAAGACUUAGUUCUGAAAAUGAAAAUUCAGCUCACAGAGGCUUUGUGUGGCUUCAAAAAGACAAUUGAUACAUUAGAUGAUAGAGUCCUUGUAAUAACAUCCAAGCCAGGUGAAGUAAUAAAGCAUGGAGAUCUUAAAUGCAUCUACAAUGAAGGGAUGCCAACUUACAAAUCUCCACUGGAAAAAGGCUCUCUAAUUAUACAGUUCUUGGUUUCAUUCCCAGAAAAUAACUGGCUCUCAAAGGACCAACUACCUUUGCUAGAAGCUUUGCUUCCUCCAAGGGAAGAAGUAACCAUUUCCGAUGACAUGGAUCAAGCUGACCUUGUUGAAUUUGAUCCAAGAGAACGGCCUUACCGUAACCAUGGGGAAGCCUAUGAAGAGGAUGAUGAAGGCCCUAGAACUGGAGUCCAGUGUCAGACCUCUUGAUCCUACAGUGUAAUGGACUUGUUCUAAGUUCAGAUUUUAACUCCUGGCUUUUGGAAGCCAUUUGCCUCAUGUUCAGCAUUAUAAUUUUGUAACUACUAUAUAUUUAAGUGUUCAUGUCAAGGAUGUAUAAUUUUGCAGCUAAACUUGAAUAAAUACUCUGAUUUAAAGAUG